AUCUUUCCCUCUAUUACCUAAGCACAACAAUAGCGUCGUGACAGUUUAACAACGAUGUUUAAAUCCUGGGAAUAGUAAAAUUGACAGGGAGGCUAACGUUGACUGGGUCAGCUUAGCCUAGAGUUAGCGUCUACUAUCAAAAUGAGUGUUGAGCAAACACUAAAAGCAAAAUAUUCGAAUUGAUGUCGGCAGGAGGAAGCUAAAUAGAAUUGAUUUAUACCCUACUCUUAAUUAGAUGUUUAAAUGACGAAGAAUGUGUGGAGGGCCUCCCAUUGUUAGCUCAAGUUAAAGCAUGUUUUGGCUGGAUUUUUCUUUUGCUGUGGUUUUCUGUUGAGCUGUCAUUAAAACUUAUACCACAUUAGUGCAACGGCGAUGAGGUGACAUGUUCGCACUGUUUGAGAUAAGAUUACCUUUUGAUUAUUUUGAGGAUAUUAUUUAUAGUGGACACUGACAGGUUGUCAAACAACAUGGUUGCCCCUUUUCUUACACCAAUCCAGUGUCGGUGAAAUACCACGAUUUGCUUUUGCUAAAGGCAAGCUUUAAAAAACGACAUUCGGUUUGCACUUAAACUCCUCUUUAAAAAAUAAAGAGGAAUUGUUGGGAAGCAUUCACCGUAGUCAGCCCCGAAGCUCCAGGAGGCGCAGCCCCCCUUUGCGUUCACUUAGCGCAGUGUCAUCACACCGUUUCUGCCUGUGUGCACCUUCAAAAUGGCCAGCGACUGAUACACAGGCUGCUGCCGCCGUGCACACCCUCACAUGCACCGGGACUCCAUUGUUCCACUUAUCGUUACUGCGACAUUACAUGUGCUAGACGAAGUUUAAUCAAAUCCGGGUCGGCUUCUGUCUUCAAUCGUGUCUGGGAGAAAAGACAGCGUCGUCAUUUUUAAAAGCAGGGUGCCCUACGAGACUCUGAACAAGCGUUUCAGAGCAGCUCAGAAAAACAUCGACCGGGAGACGAGUCACGUGACCAUGGUGGUGGCGGAGCUGGAAAAAACCCUCAGCAACUUUCCAGUGGUAGAUUCUGUUGUGUCAUUGUUGGAUGGGGUGGUGGAGAAACUUAGUGCCCUGAAAAGAAAGGCCGCAGAGUCCAUUCAAGCCGAAGAUGAGAGCGCAAAACUCUGCAAGCGUCGCAUUGAGCACCUUAAGGAACACAGCAGUGACCAGCCGGCCUCGGUCAAUCUGUGGAAGAAGAAACGCAUGGACCGCAUGAUGGUGGAGCAUCUGCUUCGCUGUGGUUACUACAAUACAGCAGUUAAACUGGCCAGACAGAGCGGUAUAGAGGAUCUGGUGAACAUUGAGAUGUUCCUCACAGCUAAAGAGGUGGAGGAGUCUCUGGAGAGGCAAGAAACAGCCACCUGUCUUGCCUGGUGCCACGACAACAAGUCUCGCCUUCGUAAGAUGAAGAGUUGUCUGGAGUUUAGUCUGAGAAUCCAGGAGUUCAUCGAGCUCAUCAGACAAAACAAACGCAUGGAUGCAGUGAGACAUGCAAGGAAACACUUCAGCCAAGCAGAGGGUGGGCAGUUGGAUGAAGUCCGGCAGGUGAUGGGGAUGCUGGCCUUCCCGUCAGAUACGCACAUCUCUCCAUACAAGGAUCUUUUGGAUCCAGCUCGCUGGAAGAUGCUGAUCCAGCAGUUCCGAUACGACAACUACAGACUGCAUCAGCUUGGAAAUAAUUCUGUCUUCACUAUAACUCUACAGGCUGGUCUGUCUGCCAUCAAGACACCUCAAUGCUACAAGGAGGAUGGUACCUCCAAGAACCCAGACUGCCCCGUGUGCAGUAAAUCUUUAAACAAGUUGGCCCAACCUCUUCCAAUGGCGCACUGUGCCAACUCUAGACUAGUGUGUAAGAUCUCUGGAGAAGUUAUGAAUGAAAACAACCCUCCAAUGAUGCUUCCUAAUGGAUAUGUUUAUGGUUACAAUUCUCUUUUGUCCAUUCGUCAAGAUGACAAAGUGAUUUGUCCCAGAACCAAAGAAGUCUUCAACUUCUCUCAGGCUGAGAAGGUCUACAUCAUGUGAUCCCUCAGACAAAGUUGUACAUGAUUAAAAUGAUCGUUCAUCACCCUACUCCCAAAGUCACAGGUGGAGCUGUGAUCUUACGACCUUCCACCCCCCCCCCCCCCCCCCAUAUACACACAAGUAAAGUAACACAACGGCCCCGUCUACGACCGACCCCUUGACACCUUCUCCUUCCAACUGUGUAUCACAGAAACAACUGUGUGCUCCUUUCAUGCAGUUUUCUCUGUAGUUAGGAGUCGUUUGAUCAAAUUCAUUCAAGCACAUGGACACUGUCACUGUUUUCAUCACCUUUUUGGGCCUUCACUCUGAAGAUUAGAGACUUUAGACAAAGGACUGAGGAGGUAGAAACCUGAUAGGUAGAUGUUAAAUUUUACUACAAAAUAAAACUGUUUAGGGUUCCUAUGCCUUCUUUUCUCUUUUCACUAGUCACGUUUCUUUGUACUGCUGUCUGAUUGUGAUCAUUCACCACAUGUAUGACAUUUAACAUGAGAAUGGGUGUUUUUUUGGGAGGGGGGUGGUAUGGCUAACUGGUCUGAAAAGUAGCGUCUUUUCUAUGUGAUGCAUGCUGUUGUCUUCUAGCCAUGUUCCUGUUGGAUUUUUAAAUCUGUGUGUUAAAUAUUUAAUUUAAAAUUGGCCCAAAUAUAAUUCUGCAUUUUACUUUGCUCGAGAACUGGAGCCCAAAUCGGCAUCAGAAGGCUCCUAUUCAUAUGUAAACAUUGAUACAAUUGGUAGUAGUCGAGGAUGUUUUACAACAGCAGUGAUGCACAUGCAAAUCAACCUAUCAGAAGGACUGCUGUUCUCUUGUCCUCUUUUUAAAGUGGAACUUAUCCUUCCUGGGGAAAACAUUUCCAAAAUUUCACAUUUCCACAAUUUUGGGAAAAAUAAUGAUGGUGUUAGUACCAUAAAAAUAAUGGUGUUAGUACCAUAAACAUCACACAUUGUUUCCAAAUUGUAUUUGAUGUAUUUUUUCACUAAAAAAUGUCUUCCUUUUUGUAUAUUUGUCAUGUUGGACUAGAAUCCACUUGUUUUGUGAUUACAUUUUCACUGAAGAUGGGAUGAGACCUAUUUUAAAAUUUAUUAACAUACUUUGGUAAUUUAAAUACCAUGUUAUCACUUAUAAUUUGACCAGUUUAUUUCUGAAUGGAGCAACAAAAUAAAGGACUCUGUCAACAUUUUUCAUCCGCUUAUGUUAAAGCUAGAGCUUGUGUUUACAGACUGAAAAAGAUGCAGACGCAGCUAUCUGAUUUCAAAGCAAAGUACAACUUUAAAGCCUAAGAUCUGCAAUUGAGGAGAUGACAGCAUUAUUGUUUUUACAACAAGAUUGUUGUUUCUCUUCUGUAGACUAUAUGUAUUUCUGUGAAUUAGACUGGGUUCGUGAACAACAUGAUCAAAAAUGUUGACAGGGUUGUUGACUUUGCUGAAAAGGGUGCACAGAUAUAUCAUGAAAAUGACAAAUUAUUAUUAUUAUUUCUCAUUUGUGUCCCUUAAUGAACCUGUAAAGACAGAUGGCCUUGUGUUUGUGUUGGUAGAAUAGAUAAGAAACUGUUUGAGCAAUAUGUCUCAUAAAUAUUUCACUGAUACUUGCUUUUAGUACUUUGCUUGUUGCUCUUUUGACUUGCAUUUCCAAAUUAAAAUGAUCCCAGUUAGCAUUUGAAUAUGGAAA